AUGGUAGCUAUUGCUAACGAUAAGAAGGCCACUACCGGUGGCGUUGUGGCAGCGCGUCUACUGGGCUCUACAUGCUCUGGUCUCUGCGAGCUUAUGAUCUUCCACCCCAUGGACACGAUCGCUAAGCGUCUCAUGACCAACAAGGAGCCUAUGCACGGUAUGGCUGGCCUUAACAAGGUCAUCUUCCGCGACGCAUACGAAAAGCCUGUGUUCGCGCGCUACCGCUCGCUGUUCCCCGGUCUGGGUUUCGCUGCUGGCUAA